CACUGAAAAAAAGAAGAAUUCGCUCUAAAGUGACUUGCGUUUUAUCAUGGGAAGGUGGGGGGGGGGAGGUUGAAUUAGGACACCACCCCCCUCUCUCACUCUCGUUUUUUUUUAUUAUUUUAUUUCUCUCACUUUUUUUUCUUUCUUUAAAUAAAAAAUGGCUAAUGAAUAUACAAAACAAGACAUUGAGCGCAUGAGACAACUCAUGGAUCAACCUACGGAGACAGCGCUUGAUAAGAUUCAGCGCAAGAUGAUUCAGGAACCACUUGUACCUGCCGGUGUAGCUUUAACCACUUUUGCGUUAGUGGCAGCUACUUUUGGUGUCAAGACGGGUAACAGACGCUAUACAAACAACAUGUUUCGUCUCCGAGUGGCCGCACAAACAUUUACAAUUUUAGCCAUGGUUGGAGGUUCAAUUUAUUUUCAACAAAAGGAAAAGAAGGAAGCAGCAGCAGCAGCAGCGGCAAUGGAGGAGAAGAAAUCAUUGUAAAAAAAGAAAAAAAGAAAAAGAAAAAAAAAGAGAAAGAAUAAAAAAAAAAAAAAGAAAAAAAUAUCAAAAAAAAAAAAGUUAUUGUUGUGGUAAAUGUAAACUUUGAAGUAAUAACAGGUUAUUGUUCAUGGUGUUUUCCUCUUCUUCAAUGAUGAGUGAUUGGAGUUCUGGUGCCUGCAUCAAAAUCUCCAUAAAUUCAAUAUGCAAUAAAUCAUCCAUACUUUCAAGCACAUGUACGUUUUCUAUGGACGCUUGUUUAUCCUGUGUAAAAUCAUGA